AGCUCUGUCCUUUGGGACCGCAUGCACUCGUUCUGGAGGGGCAAAAUCAAGUCUCCGUAUACGUAAAAGCCUUGACAAAUUACAUUUGUUAAGCAGAGCAUUUAAACGAAGGCGCAUUUUUUUUUAACGAGAAAGCGCAUUCCUGGUGGGUGAUUGCGCGUUCGGCAGCGCGCAAACCCUGGCAGCCAAAGCUGCUCCCCUCUCCGUGCAGGUCACUUCUCAUGCAGAGCGCGUCUGCGAAGAAUAGCGUCGGGCUCUCCCUGCGUCCUUCACACUUUUCUUCUCCCGGUGCGUAAGAGCAGCGAUGGAAAAUUAAAGCCAAAAGAGACGAAUGAUUAUCUUCGGGUCCUUUGUUUUUGUGGACAAUCCCUCCGAGUCUGCUGAGGAUCGAAUAUCUGAUGGAAACUCAGCGCUUCCGCCUACUAUCUGGCUGUGAGGAGGCAUCAGGAAACUGAAGACAGGAGACAACGUGUUCUGAAUACAAAGGAGGGCAACUAUUGACACCUUCAAGAGAGCGUCCGCCGUGCGCCUGGACAAAGCGAAAAGGACGUCUAUGAAGGAUUGAGCUUCUUAUCGGUUCAUCACUUUGUUAGUCCUCUACCAACACUAUCUGCAGACGCUUAAUUCAUAAGCCAAACAUUCUCAUCUUAUCAGAGGUAAAACUGCAUUCCCUUCUGUCUUUUUGCGUCUCCAAAGCGCUCGACAAACUAAAACAAAACGAUCACACGACAAGACACUUUUUGCCGCCUUGCCAUGCUGUGAAGUGUUUUUAAUCUGGAACAAAGAACAGCAAGGACAAAAACAAAACUCGAAACGUUUUACUAUGGCUUCACUGUAUCAGAGAUUCACCGGAAAGAUCAAUACGACCAAUUCUUUUCCGCACCCACCUGAGGCCAGCCGCCUUCUCGGAGGACAGGUCGCAGACGAGGAGAACGGAACCAAGUCCUCUCACCAAGGAGCCGAGGGCCGAGCUCACGUCCAGUACAGGAAAAAGUGCCCACGGGAAGAUGAGGAUGACCUUGUGGGCAGCGCACCACCUCAGAGGAACUGGAAGGGAAUAGCAAUCGCCCUCCUCGUCAUCCUGAUCAUAUGCUCUCUGAUCGUCACCUCCGUUAUCUUGCUGACCCCUAGUGAAGAUGACAGCCUCGCUCUUAAGAAGAAAGUAACCAUUGAGGACAUCUUUGGUGCGGACCUUCGAAUCCAUGACCCAGACGCUAAAUGGCUCAGUGACAGAGAGCUGCUGUAUCGAUCAAGGGAUGGGCAUGUUCUCAAGCUUAAUGUUGGCACACAGAAAGAGGAGAUCAUCGUGUCAAACCAGCUAUUUGACAGAUCAAAAGCUGCCAAAUAUCAGGUGUCUCCAGACAUGAAGCACGUGCUGUUUGCCUUUGAUGUAAAGCCGAUCUACCAAUACUCUUAUUUGGCCAAGUACAUCAUUUACAGCCUCGUGACACAGGAGACUUGGCCUUUAAAUCCCCCUGAGGUGCACGACGCCGCCCUGCAGUAUGCCGGAUGGGGACCCCAGGGCCAGCAGCUGAUCUUCAUUUUUGAAAACAACAUCUACUACAGGGCGACAAUGGAGAGCCGAUCGAUCCGCCUUGUUUCAAUCGGUAAAGAGGGGGUCAUCUUUAAUGGCCUGGCUGACUGGCUGUAUGAAGAGGAGAUCCUGCAGACGCACAUUGCCCACUGGUGGUCUCCAGACGGACUCCGUUUGGCCUACAUGACCAUCAAUGAUACGCUGGUACCAAAUAUGGAAGUCCCAUAUUUCACCGGCACGCCGUACCCUGGCAGCCAGGAAUAUCGUUACCCAAAGGCAGGAGAAGAGAACCCUGUCGUGCAUCUGUCCGUGGUGAGCCUCAACGGCCCCCUGCACACCGUGAAGAUGAAGAAACCCGACGACCCGAGGAUAGGGAGGGAAUAUUAUAUCACCAUGGUGAAAUGGGCCACCAGUACAAAGCUGGCUGUUAACUGGCUGAAUAGAGCCCAGAACAACUCCAUCCUCACACUGUGUGAAGCCACCACCGGAGUCUGCAUCAAGAAACAUGAGGAUGAAAGUGACAGCUGGCUGCAUCGACAGAAUGAGCCCCCGCUCUUCUCCAAAGAUGGACACAAGUUUUUCUUCACCAGGGCAAUCCCACAGGGAGGGAGAGGAAAGUUUUUCCACAUCUCUAUGUCCACCUCCUUGCCGAACACCAGCACAGACAUCCUUCAGUCUCUGACAUCUGGAGACUGGGACGUCACCAGCAUCUUGGCCUAUAAUCAUGAAAAGAACCUCAUAUACUUUCUGAGCACAGAGGACGACCCAAAGCGACGGCACUUGUACAGCGCCGACACGAUUGCGCCGUUCAACCGCUGCUGCCUGUCCUGUGACUUCAAGUGUGGAUUCGUGGACGUCUCAUUCAGCCACAACAUGCAGUACUUUUUGCUGAGCUGCAAAGGACCAGACAUACCAAGUGUGGCAGUCUACAGAACCGAGGACAAACAGAAAGUGCUCGAUGUGGAGACAAAUGAGAGAGUAAACGACACAUACAACAACAUGCAGAUGCCCAAAGUGGAGAAUAAGACCAUCACCAUUGAUGAUUACACUCUGACGAUGCAGAUUCUGAAGCCAGCGGGAUUUACAAACACAGCCCACUACCCACUACUGCUGAUAGUGGACGGCACACCCGGUGGGCAGAUGGUGACGGAGCAGUUCCGCGUGGACUGGGCCGUGGUUCUUGUCAGCAGUUUCAGCACCAUCGUGAUCCGCUUCGACGGCCACGGCAGCGGCUUCCAGGGAACCAACCUGCUCCACAAGGUCCACAGGAAGCUGGGGAAGCUGGAGGAGAGGGACCAGCUGGAGGCGCUCAGGUUCAUCUCAAAGGAGCCUUACAUUGAUAAGAAUCGAAUGGGAGUUUAUGGAAAGGCCUACGGGGGAUAUUUAGCCACAAUGCUUCUGAGCUCUGAAGAGUUUACCCAGCUGAAAUGUGGAGCAGCUGUCUCACCUAUCACAGACUUUGAGCUUUAUGCAUCUGCAUUUUCAGAGCGAUACCUUGGCCCAAAGACGGAUUCCAGAGUAUACAUGACGGCAAAUUUGGCUCGCAGAGCAGGGCUGCUGCUGGAUAAACAGUAUUUAAUAAUUCACCCAACAGCUGAUGAAAAGGUUCACUUCCAGCACACAGCCAAAUUCAUCAACCAUUUAAUCAGCGAGAAGGCCAACUACACUCUACAGAUCUACCCAGACGAGGGCCACUUCCUGCACAGCGAGGGAACGCGGCAGCACCUCAGUCAGUCCCUCGUCAACUUCUUCGAGGAGUGUUUCCGGGAGCCAGAGGCCCUCCAGGAGGAGGAGGAGGAUGAGGUGGAGGAAGAUAGUUAAACACCUGCCCCCCCCCUCCGUCCCAGCCCUCCAGGCAGCCCUGGCCAGCUCCUGUAUCACAGCACAAUAUGCAACAAAAGUCUUCGCCACCUGCCGUCCGAUCUGAAUCCAGUUCCAAUCUGAAAGCACCUGCAUGUGCAAACGGGGCGCCCGACCCGAUCCUCUCUGCUCGACCCACGCUGGCUGCCUUUCAGGACACCGGUCAGACAGAGGCUGAAUGAAAACUCAGACAUGAACAGCUGGAUCUCUCUCCGACUAUCUGGACCAGUACUCCCCCCCCCUCCCCCUCUGCUGGACGAACAGAGGAUCGACAACAGUUCAGCCAGUUUGUUGUGAUAACCUUGCCAACUAACUUGAUUAUUGUGUUCAUGGUUAUUCAGAGUUGUUUUUUUCAGAUUCUCUGUUCAGUGUCUUACUGUGUGUGAGUGGGUAGAUCAGUCCACGGUGGCUUUAGAAGAUGACGGCAUAACGUUUAAACCCGUUCCACGCAAAGAUUGUAUAAAUAAUGAAGUUUUGAUAUUUUCUUUGUGCCCACUUUUCUUUAUAGAGCUCUUGUUUUAGUCACUGUGCCUUACUGUGGGGGAGAUGUUCACGUUAGGAGCCCACGCGACACCAUAAACAGAGCAAACAUGGUCCGAACAGAGCAGCAGAGAUGUUUUUUUUCUUUCUCUCUCUCACCAUACUUUGGAAAGAGCUUCAUCUAAAAUAAACAGACGUCACCUUGGAAGACAACGGUAUAUUACAAACCCACACACGUAUCCGUUAGUUUGCCGUUUCCAGAUACUCGAGGUAAUUUGCAUCAUUUGGGAAUUUGUUUGCUGUAUGUCCUACAAAGUCUUUCCUCCUGAUGUCAUUUCUGUAUCACCUGUGGUUUCCGGUCAGCUGCUGUACAAAGUGUAUAAAACUGACAUGAAAUCUCUAUGUUGUAUGUGCAACUUGUAUAUAAAGCAUUUUGAAAUGUA